AUGACUUUACAGCAAAAGAGUGCCGUCAAUGUCGUCUUCGGGGCGAUGACGUUUGGCAAGGAAGGCGUUGAGCAAGCCCGCGUUCAUGAUCUCGAGACGGCUGGUGCAAUUUUGGACAUCUUUCAAAAGUAUGGACACUAUGAAAUCGACUCUGCCCGUGCAUAUGGAGCUGGAUCAUCGGAGGAAAUGCUGGGCGACCUGAACUGGCCAAAAAGGGGCAUUGUUAUGGACACCAAAUACUACCCUACUGCAGCGUUCUCUGACAGCCCAUCCAACUGGGACAAAGCCGGACGCCACACGCCGGAAGCUCUCCGUGAGAACCUUGAGGCCAGCCUAGCUGCACUCAAGACAGAUCAAGUCGAUAUGUGGUACCUACAUGGUCCGGAUAGAUCCGUCCCAUACGAUGUCACAAUGAAAGCAGUCAACGAUCUAUACAAAGAGGGCAAGUUUCAGAGGCUCGGUAUCUCCAAUUACAUGGCCUGGGAAGUCGCGCAGAUUCAAGAAAUCUGCCGUGCCAAUGGCUGGGUCACGCCUCAAGUCUAUCAAGGUGUCUAUAACGCUUUGCAUCGCUCGAUCGAACAUGAGCUAAUGCCAUGCCUACGCAAGUAUGGCAUGGCAUUCUUCGCGUACAAUCCUCUGGCAGGCGGCUACCUCACGGACAGAUACCAUCGCGACGACAAGGAGGUCGAGGCUGGCGCACGUUUCGAUCCCAAUAGAUGGCAAGGCAAGAUGUACCGCACAAGGUAUUGGAACGAUGAGUACUUUAAUGCUCUUGAAAUUUUACGCCCAGUCGCAAAAGAGCAUGGCCUGACAGAAGCGGAAUGUGCUCUGCGUUGGAUGACCCACCACUCCCAGCUCAAGCGUGAGCACGGAGAUGCGAUUAUCAUCGGCGCGUCUUCUGUGAAGCACAUCGAGCAGAACAUGAAGGAUCUCGAAAAGGGUCCACUUCCAGAGGCAAUCGUUACAGCACUGGAGAAAGGUUGGGAUGGCUGCAGAGCCAUCAGUUGGAAGUACUUCCACUAG